UUUUGGGGGGUGGGGGGUGGGUGGUCUGCUGGAUCGUCGAGGCCGGGCGUGCGCACAGCCACUUUUUAUAGGCGCCUCCAGCCACUGAGUCAGCAUCCGCGGCAGAACCUCUCACCUGGACCGGAGCACUAGGAGCCGGGCUCCCUCAUGUUCACCGGCAAGCAGAGGUCCGACACAGGGGGACGGCUGCGCUUCUGAGGCCCCGCGUGGUCCACCUCCAGGACACGCGAUACUUGUGGAUCAUACACUACGCUGCACCACAAGACAAUCAUCUGCAGGGAGAAGCUCCAAACCUCCUCCUCUUCAUCUUCCCUGGAUUGUGUGUGAGAGACACAGCACCAGAUAUGCACGCUCGCGCCCUUCUUUCAUUCCAAAUGACUUGUUGAAGAAAUAAAAGGAAGACAGUUAAGAAGAAAGAGUGCAGGGAGAGAAGCAGAAAAAGCCUAAGCUUGGAUAUUGUAAGGAGCGGGGCAUGUGGAUAUUGGCUCUUAUCUUUUCCCAGUGCAUCUUGAAUGUUUUCUGUGAAGAUCUACGUUCCAGCUUAUAUUUUGUCAAUGCAUCUGUGCAAGAGGUAGUGUUCGCCAGCACCACAGGGACGUCAGUGCCCUGUCCCGCAGCAGGCGUGCCACCUGUCUCACUGCGCUGGUAUCUGGCCACCGGUGAGGAGAUCUAUGAUGUGCCAGGAAUCCGCCAUGUGCACUCCAAUGGCACCCUUCAGAUCUUCCACAUCCCACCUUCCAGUUUCAGCAAACUCAUCCACGACAACACCUACUAUUGCACAGCGGAGAACCCCUCAGGGAGAAUCAGGAGCCAAGAUGUCCAUAUUAAGGCUGUCCUCCGGGAACCCUACACUGUUCGGGUGGAGGACCAGAAAGCCAUGAGAGGCAAUGUGGCCGUCUUCAAGUGCAUUAUCCCUGCCUCAGUGGAGGCCUACAUCACUGUUGUGUCCUGGGAGAAAGACACAAUGUCAAUUAACGCUGAAAUGUCACGGUUUCUCAUCACAUCGACGGGAGCCCUGUAUAUCCUGGAUGUCCAAAUUGAAGAUGGACUAUACAACUACAGGUGUAUGACACGCCAUCGGUACACAGGGGAGACCCGACAGAGCAAUAGUGCCCGGCUCAUUGUCUCAGAUCCCACCAACUCAGCGCCACACAUCCUGGACAGCUUUGAACGUAGUGAGGUGAUGGCUUCUCAUCGAGUGGAGUUGCCGUGCAAGGCCUCGGGUCACCCUGCACCCAAGUACCGCUGGCUGAAGGAUAACCGUCCCCUGGAGCCUGACACACGAUACCGUCAAAGUGUGACUGGGCUGCUCAUAGAGAGAGCCCAACCCAGCGACACAGGCACAUAUGUCUGUGAGGUGUGGAACGGCUACGGCAAUGCAGAGGUGGUUGGCAGGCUGCUGGUGAAAGAGACCCUGAAAGUCUUGGUGAGCCCACGGAAGGUGAAGGGUAGUGUUGGCAGCCAGGUUUCACUCUCCUGUGGUGUAACUGGCUCUGAAGACUACCAGUUGUCUUGGUACCGCAACGGCGAGCUCAUCUACCCCAGUAACAGCGUCCGAAUGACAGGCCAAAACAGAGAAAACCUAGUCAUGGCUGGGAUGGCCAAAAGCGAUGGUGGAGCCUACCAGUGCUUCGCCAGACAUGGCAAGAUGUCUGCCCAGGACUUUGUCCAGGUCAUUCUAGAAGACGGUACACCAAAGAUUCUGGCUUCGUUUAGCGAGAAAGUCUACAACAUCAAUGAGUUUGUGUCACUUUCAUGUACGGUGAAGGGGACACCAGAGCCCAGGGUGACCUGGACGCUCGAUGAAGAGCCGGUAAUACGGGACAGCCGCCACCGCAUCUCCUACUACACCAACACGGAAGGUCAUGUGGUCAGCCACCUCAACAUCAGCCAGACCCAGGUCCCGGACGGAGGGGUGUACCGCUGCAUCUGCAAUAAUUCAGCAGGGGCCGUUUCCUACCAGGCGCGAAUAAACGUAAGAGGGCCUGCCAGCAUCAGACCAAUGAAAAACCUCACUGCUAUCGCUGGGCGGGACAUGUACAUUCACUGCCGUGUCAUCGGCUACCCUUACUACUCCAUAAAAUGGUACAAGGACUCCAAUUUGCUACCUUACAACCACCGCCAGCGGGCCUUCGAGAACAACGGCACCCUGAAGCUGUUUGACGUGCAGAAGGACGUGGAUGAAGGCGAAUACACGUGCAAUGUGCUUGUCCAGCCUCAGCUCUCCACACACCAGAGUGUCUAUGUCACUGUGAAAGUCCCACCUACCAUCCAUCCAUUUGAGUUCCCUCGGUUUUCCAUCGGACAACGAGUCUUCAUCCCCUGUGUGGUCAUGUCUGGUGACCAACCAGUCUUCAUCACCUGGCAGAAGGAUGGGCGGCCAAUCCCAGCCAGCCUUGGCGUAACUAUUGACAACAUAGAUUUCACCAGCUCUCUCCGCAUCUCCAAUCUCACUCUGAUGCACAACGGCAACUAUACAUGCAUCGCACGCAACCAGGCUGCAGCCGUGGAGCAUCAGAGUCAGCUCAUUGUCCGAGUUCCUCCAAAAUUUGUGGUGCAACCAAAAGACCAGGACGGCAUCUAUGGAAAAGCUGUGAUCCUGAACUGCUCAGCUGAAGGCUAUCCUGUUCCUACCAUUCAAUGGGAGUAUUCCAAAGGUGCUGGGGUUCCUCAAUUCAAACCCAUCGCUCUCAACUCAGGCUUUCGCAUUGAGGUGCUGGUCAAUGGCUCCUUGCUCAUCAAACAUGUGCUGGAAGAAGACAGUGGCUUCUACCUUUGUCGAGUCAGCAAUGAUGUUGGGGCCGAUGUCAGCAAGUCCAUGUAUCUCAAUGUCAAAAUUCCUGCCAUGAUCACCUCUUACCCCAACACCACACUGGCCACACAAGGCGAAGAGAAGAAAAUGAGCUGCACGGCCCAUGGUGAGAAGCCCAUCAUGGUACGCUGGGAGAAGGAGGAGCGUAUCAUCAACCCCGAGACCAGUCGCUAUGUUGUUACAGUCAAGGAGGUCGGAGAUGAAGUCAUCUCCACCCUACAGAUCAUGCCCACAGUUAGGGAGGACUCUGGCUUUUUCUCCUGCCAUGCCAUCAAUUCCUUUGGUGAAGACCGAAGGAUCAUACAGCUCACAGUGCAAGAGCCUCCUGAUCCCCCAGAGGUGGAGAUCAGAGAAGUGAAGGACAGAACUAUUGCCCUGCGUUGGAGUAUGGGAUUUGAUGGCAACAGCCCAAUCACAGGCUUCGAUAUUGAAAGCAAGAACAAAUCAGCCUCCUGGGACACUGCUCAGAAGACCAAAGAUGUCUCACCUCAACUCAACCAGGCCACAAUCAUUGACCUGCACCCUUCCUCCACCUACAGCAUCCGCAUGUUUGCCAAGAACCUAAUCGGAAAGAGUGAGGCCAGUAAUGAGCUCACCAUCACAACUGAUGAAGCGGCCCCUGACGGACCACCUCAAGAUGUGCAUCUGGAGGCCCUCUCCUCUCAAAGUAUCAAAGUUUCCUGGAGGGCACCUAAGAAACACCUCCAGAAUGGCGCAAUCAAAGGCUACCAAGUGGGCUACAGAGAGUACAGCUCGGGUGGAAACUACCAAUUCAGCGUAAUCAGUGUCGAGACAACAGGGGACAAUGCAGAAAGCUUGGUACUGGACAAUCUCAAGAAGUUCACCCAGUACGGCGUUGUGGUGCAAGCCAGUAACAGUGCGGGCACCGGGCCAUCUUCCACUGAGGUGGCUGCCACUACACUGGAGGAUGUACCCAGUCGUCCUCCAGAGCACGUCCAAGCCAUAGCUACAUCUCCAGAGGUCAUCUCCUUAUCCUGGUUGACCCCUCCUAAAGAUGCUCUUAAUGGCAACCUCCUGGGCUUCAGGGUUAUCUAUUGGGCCAACCUACCCGAUGGAGAGCUUGGAGAGAUCAGGAAUGUGACAACUUCCAAACCGUCACUGGAGCUGGAUGGGCUGGAGAAGUACACCAAUUACAGCAUCCAGGUGUUAGCCUUCACCCGAGCAGGAGAUGGUGUUCGCAGCGAACAGAUUUACAUCCGCACCAAGGAGGACGUUCCUGGUCCUCCUGGUGGUGUGAAGGCAGCAGCUGCUUCCAACUCGGUGGUGUUCGUGUCAUGGCUUCCUCCUCUCAAAGUGAACGGCAUCAUCAGGAAAUACACUGUUUUCUGCUCCAAUCCACACCCCACGGUCAGCAGUGAGUUUGAGGCCGCCCCGGAUGUAUUCUUCUACCGGAUACCCAACCUGAGCAGAAACCGACAAUACAGCAUCUGGGUGGUUGCCGUCACUGCUGCGGGCCAUGGAAAUGCCAGCGAGAUCAUCACUGUUAAACCCACGGCUGAAGCUCCAGCACGCAUCUUGACCUUCAACAGGACCGUCACGACACCCUGGAUGAAAGACAUUGUGUUACCUUGCAAGGCGGUAGGGGAUCCAUCUCCAACAAUCAAGUGGUUGAAGGAGAACACUGGAACCCCUGCACCCGUUGUGAGCGACAGCCGGCGCAGUGUCCAUACUAACGGCAGCCUCGUUGUUCGGACAGUGAAAGCAGAAGACUCCGGGAACUAUACUUGUGUGGCCAGUAAUAGCUUUGGCUCUGAAAAGAUCAUCCUCAACCUGCAGGUUCAAGUUCCACCUGACCAGCCUCGCCUCACAGUGACCAAGACAACCACAACUUCCAUCACACUGUCCUGGAUACCUGGAGACAAUGGUGGCAGCUCCAUCAGAGGCUACAUUUUGCAAUAUUCAGAGGACAACAGUGAACAGUGGGGCAACUUCGCCAUCAGUCCAAGUGAGCGCUCCUAUCGAUUAGAGAACCUCAAGUGUGGCACCUGGUACAAGUUCACUCUAACGGCCCAGAAUGCCGUUGGUCCCGGACGCAUAAGUGAGAUCAUUGAAGCGAAGACCCAUGGGAAAGAACCUCAGUACUCCAAAGAGCAGGAGCUCUUCACCAGCAUCAAUGCCACUCGAGUGAAACUCAACCUGAACGGCUGGAACAACGGCGGAUGCCCGAUCACCUCUUUCACGCUGGAGUAUCGGCCCAUGGACUCUCCUUCGUGGACCGCGGCGCAGCGCACCUCCCUCACCAAGAGUUACAUACUGUACGACCUGCAGGAGGCCACCUGGUACGAGCUGCAGAUGAAAAUCUACAACAGCGCUGGCUACGCUGAGAAGAGGCUCAAGUUUGCAACGCUCAGCUAUGACGGCAGCACCAUUGCCCCUCUGGUGAAGGCACCCAACGUGAGUGAGGACACGUCUGCAGGUGGCGAAGGUAUGAAGAUGAUGGUGACCAUUUCCUGCGUGCUGGUGGGAAUUGUUGUAAUCUUCAUCGGCCUGCUGGUGCUGAGGAGGCGAAGGCGUGAGCAGAGGUUAAAGAGACUACGGGAUGCAAAAAGUUUGGCUGAGAUGCUCAUGAGUAAAAACACGCGUCCAGCAGAGCCAGUCAACAAACAGCAGCAAACACUACGGAUGCACAUCGACAUCCCCAGAGCUCAGCUUCUAAUUGAGGAGAGGGACACCAUGGAGACUGUUGACGACAGGUCCACCGUGCUAUUGACUGAUAACGACUUUGGGGAAACACAGAAACAGAAGUCAUCCACAGUCACCCACACUGUUCACUACCAAUCCCUCUCCCAGGCCACCGGUCCUCUGGUAGAUGUGUCUGAUGCCAGACCAGGAACCAGUAAGUCCAACCCGACUGCCCGCCGCACAGCCAAAGCUGGCCCGGCUGCUCGCAACCGCUAUGCCAGCCAAUGGACCCUGAACCGCCCACAUCAUCCAGUCUCCUCCCACACGCUAAGCACCGACUGGAGGCUCCCCACGCCAAGAGUUGCGGGCUCCGUUGACAAGGAGAGCGACAGCUACAGUGUCAGUCCAUCUCAGGAUACCGAUCGCGCUCGCAGCAGUAUGGUGUCCACGGAGAGUGCUUCCUCCACUUACGAGGAGCUCGCCAGAGCCUACGAGCACGCCAAGAUGGAGGAGCAGCUGCGCCACGCCAAGUUCACCAUCACCGAGUGCUUCAUCUCCGAUACCUCCUCGGAGCAAAUGGCCGCCGGCACCAACGACUACACCGACAGCCUGACCUCCAGCACGCCGUCCGAGUCGGGCAUCUGCCGCUUCACCGCUUCCCCGCCCAAGCCUCAGGAUGUCAGCAGGGUCAUGAACAUGGCCGUGCCCAAGGCCCACAGACCGGGGGGCGAGUUGGUUCACCUUCCUCCUUACCUGCGCAUGGACUUCCUGUUAAACCGAGGCAUGUCCUGCUCAGGGUCAUCCAGGGGGACAGCGAGCGGGGAGAGAGCGGCCAUGGGCCAGGCCUGUCUGGAGCCCCAGAAGAGUCGCUCUCUGAAGCGGCCCUCUCGCAUGGCGCCACCGACACCCACAGAGGCCCCUCAGGCCAGCAGGGACUCAGCGGCCCAGUGGCAGCCCGGCUCAGCUGCCACGCUCCCCCACAGAGAAGGCUCAGAGCUGGCCCAGGCCGCCAAGCUCAGCACCUCCCAGGAGUCCCUGCUGGACUCACGAGGACAUCUGAAACAGAACAGCAAUCCCUACGCAAAGUCCUACACGCUGGUAUAACAGCAGGGGCUCUUGGACGGGACGAGAACUCACUCUAACACUGGACUUAACACUCAAGUGCAGUAAACUGACUCACCACACAGUUCUGUAUAUACUGUAUGUCCGAGCCUUCCGAGGGUGCGGUCACUUUUACUAAUCUACUUUUAUUUAUUUUAGAACUUGCUUUCAUCUCCUCUUUGUAUUUUUCUUUUUUCUUUUUUUCCACUUGGAAAAAAAAAAAUCAACUUCAUUCAUCAGAAAUGACUGCAACUAGAGCGCUGCCAAACUAAAUGAAUAACGGGGGGAACAUUAUUUACUCUUGAUUAUUGUUCGUUCUUUAUAAUUGAUGAGUGAUUAUUAAUUGUUAGUUGACAUUUAUUAAUAAUCAUUCAAAUGGAUUACGAUAGCAACAAUGUUUUCAUAAUAACUUGGUCAUGUUUUUUGUUUCUUUUUCUGGAAUGGAAGAUGAGGAUGAGAAGUCAUUUUUUUUCCUAUGGAAUAUCACUGAAUGAAAGAAAUUGACACCCGUUCACUUUUCAGCUGCUCUCAAAUUGUUACUUUUUUGGAAGAAAAAAAAAUCUAUUUCCUAUGGAUGCAUGGGGACUGACCAAUUCAAAGACAAUGAGAAUUACCAUCAUAGCUAGCUGCACAGCCCAACCCAGCAUUUUGUCACACUUAUGAAAUGAUCCAAUGUGAAGAUUUAUUAUUCUUAUUACUAUAAAUAUAUAUAUAAAAAGAGAAAUCACUUUUAUUUGUGGAUAUUACAGGGAAAUUUUGAUUUGGUUAAUAAAGUCUUUAGUCUGUUUGCACAUAUCUUGUUUUAAUUAGGAAAUGGCGUCUCUGUCGAUCUUUCUGUGUCCCAUUCUCCAAUGGUGCAAUAUGAAAAAUGAAAAAGAAAGUCUAUGAAAACUAUUGCUAUAUACUGUACUGUAAUGAUGAAAAAUAACUUUGUUGUGAGUGUACUGGACACAUUCCAGCUAUGUCUUCAGGUAGUUUGCCACUGCUUGUGUGCCAGGGUGGUGAGUGGUAUUAGGCUAGAACAUGGCGGGUUUCCACAACUAAUGGUUGGCACGUCACAACGCCCCCAACUUGAGUGUGUCCAAAUAGAUUCCCCCUUCUCUCAGUGCACUAGGAAGAGUCCUCAGGGCUCACACUCUCCUCAGUAGAUCUACUGUUGCUGCAUUGCAGUGAUGCUCCUCUACAGGGAAAAAACAAAUGUGAGACAAUCCAGCAGAUCCCCCAUUCAAAAUUAAAAAAAAAAAUAUAUAUAUAUAUAUAUAAGGUAUUUGGGAAGUACCGGAAAAAUUAUAUAAUAAGAAAAUGUUAUUUUGUUUGUUUUCUUUUGUGGGCUACCCUGGCGCAUUUUGACUUUCUGGUAUAUUUUUCUGCUGGAGAGAGAAGAAUAUUAGUCAUUCUUCUGUGUGGUCACUCUGUCGGUUUCUAUUAUUCGUUUUAUCCCUAACUGUCUCAGUUCUGAUGUUUUGUUUUUAACAACAAGCAAUGUCACAUCUUAUUUUUUAACAUCGGUGUUCACCAUGGUGGCACUGGAAUAAAGAUAAACUAACACAAAAUUAAAAUUUGCUUAAUAAAAUGGCUG